AUGGCUUAUUCACUACUUUCUGAUUUGGAUGCUACUCGCGAAGACUGGCUGAUUAGAGUCCGAGUCUGCCGGCAGUGGGAGUUUAUUAAUUACAUGCGCAGACCAGACAUGAUAAGCCUUGACAUGAUACUAAUUGAUGAAAAGGGAACUUUGAUGCACGCAAUAAUAUGGAAGAACCAAGUCAAUAAGUUUCGUGAUAAGUUGAGUGAAGGAUUUGCAGUCAUUAUUAGAAACUUCAAAGUUUCAGCAUUAACCGGUGACUACAGACCAGUACAGUCGAACUUUAAAAUAACAUUUUUGCGGAAAACUGCCAUCCAAAAACUACAGGAUGAUAUUGUCCAUAUCCCUCAGAAUGGUUUUCAGUUUAUUCAACCAGAAGUUAUUCGCUCAAGGAUCAACAACAACAUUCUACUAGAGGAUCUGACUAUCAAAGCAAGGAUAACUUUGUGGGAGGACCAUGGCGAAUCAUUUUACCCCUAUGUAUAUCCCAACGACUUUGGACCCUACAUUGUCAUUAUCACUGCUACAACGGUCAAAGAAUUCAGAGGCGAACUAACUUUUGCCACCACCGCUGCAAGUAAAAUUUAUGUCAAUCUUAAAAUGGACAACAUCACCGCCUUGCUUCAUAAAUUCUCAAAGAAGUCAGUUGAUGUUGUAACUAUUGCGAGUGGAAACUCAAGUAACGUUCCCAAUGCACAAGCUAUGUUUGAAAACAGGAUGACUGUUGCAGAAUGGUUUAAAAUCCACAUUAACGUCAAGGACAAUGGUGGGAACACUACUUUGGUCCUGUUUAAUGGAGUCGCUGAAAAAAUUCUUGAUACUUCUGCUCACAAGUUGGUUAAUCGUUUGUCCAAAAGCGAGACAAAUAUACCGCCCCAGAUUCAAAGUCUUUGCGGGAUGGAAUUGGUCUUCAAACUCAAAUUGAGUAGUUUCAAUUUGAAAGAAGGGCUGGAAAACUAUACAGUCACAAAAGUUUAUUUGCCUGAUAAAGAAUUAGAAUUGCAGCACCGCAUAAACAAAUACAAAAGGGUUAAGGGUAAAGAGAAAUUGGAAGAUUCCACUGAACAAACAGACUUCAAUGCGGAAGGAUCAAACACAGACUACUCUAAAGAACUUUCUGAUGAAGAAGACACUUUUUUUUCCAAACAAAGAGUUUAUUCAAGAAAGUUGAAGAAGCGAAGGAACUUAUUUAUAGCUGACAGUGAAGAGAGUGAUGGUGACACCAUAAAAAGGACAAAGUAG